UUCAUUCCUAUUACUUAAUUUGGCGCGCAAUGCCCCUUCAUCGGCUUCAAAAUGGCGCCCAGAAAGAUUUACAUCACCAACAACCCUCUCUAAUUCAUCCUCAUCCCCAUGAUCCCAUAACCCCCCACUAAUCAACACAUCACACAGACACAUAACCCAAACAAUGGUUGUUUCAAAACAACCUAUGACUUCCACCAGACACCCACCAAGGUUCCACCACACAAACAUAACCCACCUCCCUGAUCACCUCAUCUCCGACAUCCUCGCACGUUUGCCCACCAUCUCACUCUUCACUUCAAAAUUUGUCUGCACAUUAUGGUACCACUUGACCUCAAAAGACCCUCACUUCCCUAAACUCCACUUUUCCAAGCCUCACUUGGAAAUGCUAGCUCAGUCCAAGGAAGAGUCUGCAUUAGCUUCUGUCAAUUGGGUUCACCCGGAAUUCGACGUUUUUCGAGGUUUUGGUAAGCAAGCUCAUCUCAAGCCUAGACUGCAACUUCCUUAUACUAAUUGUGGUUUGGUUAGUUCUUGUAAUGGCAUUGUGUUGUGUUUGCAUAGACAGAGAUAUUGUGAUCUGGGUAUUAUUUGUAAUCCUUUAAGUGGUGAGUAUGCUUUGUUGCCGAGGUGUUUGAAAGGGGUUGAGAAGUAUGAGAGGCUUGAAAUUGAUGAGGAGUAUGAUGAUUAUGUUAUUGAUAGUGGAUAUGUUUCUGAUCAUUUUAAUGUGUAUGGGUUUGGUUAUUGUGGUGGGAGUAAUUGUUUUAAGGUGUUGAGGAUUUUCUCGAGUGUGAGUAGUCCUAAAUGGAUGGAUUCAGGGAGUGCUAUGGUGCUUGAUGUUGGUUCGGAUUCGUGGAGGAGAAUUGGGGAUUCUCCAUUUUGUCCUAGUGUUGGUUCGGUUCCUGUUUUGGUGAAUGGGGUUCUGCAUUGGGUGUGUGAUGUUAAUAAUUGUCCGAGGUUCGUGGUUUGGUUUGAUUUUGAGAGUGAGAGGUUUGGGGAAUUUGGACCGCCUUUUGGGAUUUUGAAGAAGUUUCAGAAGCGGAAAUAUAGAAUGACUUUGGGGAUUCUUGAGGGUUGUCUUACGCUGUGUGAUGUGUUGAGGACUGGGAAGUUUGAUAUUUGGGUGAUGAAGAAAUACGGUGAUCUGGAAUCUUGGAGUAAGGACUUUGCUGUUGACACUAUGGUUGUGGAUAUGUUCUUGCAAGGAAGGUAUCGGCCUAUGCAAGUGCUGAGUACUGGGGAGCUACUAUUGUUUUCUUUAGGCAAUUCACGAACGUAUCCUAAGCUUGUAUGCUAUGAUCCAGAUGAUCAUGAGGUUAGAAUGCUCAAAUUGCUUUGUUUUGCUAGAUUCGAAUUAUACCAUCACAGUCCUACCUUUAUAUCCCUCAAGGAUCUCAUACCAGGAGACAAUUUGAAUGUCCUCAAUGUCAAGCAAGGGCUGGCUACCGAUGGGAAAUGGAAAAGUGAGGCUCCAUAUUGGAUCGGAAAUGGAGGUACUUGGCCAGGUCUAUUUUUGUUGGAACAUUGUGUUGCAUCAGUUGACAAUUACCGAAGACUUCCUGACUGAGUAGCUCUCUUGGCUCAAUUCAGGUGCAGGGUCCUUUCUCCUUAACAGCCAUAUCCGUUUCAUGCAGUUUUGGUCGCACGUUGUUCAGCAUCAGAUGUUAAAGCUUGCUAGGGUUCAUAAGCAAAUCAAAUUGCCUCACAUGUUUUCUUUAGUAGUUUAUAAGUUUCGACUUGGAGUCUGUAAUAUUGAAGAAUUUGCUGCUAGCUACUGCAUAUGCAUAUGAUUAAUAUUGAUAGACUUGGAGCCAAUAUGUUUAUUCUUCUUUACUUCAAGGAUCCAAGAGGACCAAAGUCCUCAAGUCCUUGAGCUAAUAGCUUCCUAGCUACCUGCAUAAAACUUUUUUUUUUUU